AUGACGUUGUAUCUUUUGAACCAGUGGAAGAAUCAACCAGGUGGAGCUCAAAAUGCAAGUGCAUUUUUGCUUGCUUUGAAAAGCGAGCAUUCGUCGAUGCGCGAAAAGGAAUUGAUCAUUGAAGUAUUAGAUGAUUGGGAUGUUUUGACACCAACCUGGUUUGAAGUGGCCGACUAUCUAAGUGUCAUCGAAGGACUUCAUGAGGAUGAACAUUUUAAACAGCGUUAUCUUGCUGCUCUUCUGGCUUCUAAGGUUGCUUUUUGUUUGGGCGACUAUAAUGGUGCCUUACAACUUGCUUUAGCGGCGGAAGACAAGUUCCAGCUCACGCCACGGUCACCUUCGAUUCUUGUUGGUUCACAAGAUGAGCAGUAUGUGAACAAAGUGAUCGAACAUGCUCUGGACACAUAUAAACAAGCUAAACGUAAUGACGAUGAAAUAGAUCCUCGCUUGGAAAAGCUUAUUAACCGACUUUUCGAGAGAAAUAUGAAAAGACGAGAAUUGAGAUAUGUGAUUGGGCUUGCGCUGGAUACGCGCAGAACGGAUAUGAUUUUAGUCGCUAUCAAGGCUACUGAUGACCAGGCAGCUCUGCUAACCGAAACUGUAGCGAAAGUAUUGGAAUCACAAAUGGACCGAGCUUUCCGAAGUAUAGUGUUGGAUUUGCUACUCCGUUUGUUCGCUGAACUGGAGGAACCCGAUUUUGUUUCUAUGUGCCAGUGUUUGAUUAAACUUGAAAAACCGGACGAUGUUGCGGACAUCCUACAGCGAUUGGUUUCUAAUAAGGGUGACAGUGGUGUAUUAUUAGCGUAUCAGAUUGCUUUUGAUUUGUACGAAAAUGCUUCACAGCAGUUUAUCAGUAAAAUAGAGCAAUCCAUCAUAGACAGCACUCCGACGGAUGUACCGAUAAUGAGCGAUGCGGUGAUACAGCCCAUGGAAAUUACAACUGAAGAAAAAGCAGAGACCAGUAAAAAUACUGCCAUAAUUGCUUCGCAAGCACCACCCAACGAAACUACUAUUGCUAAUGAAGAAGCGGAUGAAGGGAGGAGCGAUGAGCACUUGAAGGAUACGUCUUCAUCGGAAUCAGUGGAGGAAAAAAAAAAGCGGAAGGGCAGUCCUGAAAUAACCAACUCCCGAAAUAACCAAGCUGAAGAUGCCAUUAUUGGUGGAGUGUCGGAAAUUUCUAAUUCUCACAGCAUAGCUGCUGACACGGCAAAAAUGAUGGUAAAGGGAGUGUCAUAUGCUGAAAGGUCGAAAAUAAAGGAUAAGGUUGUCUGUGAACGCUUGCGAUCAAUUUUGCGUGGAGAGCAAACUAUCAAACAUCAUAUGCAAUUUCUUAUUAAAAACAAUCACACCGAUAUGUUGAUUUUGAAACAAAUAAAAGAAAGCGUACGAACGGCAUCGGCACAUAAUGCUACUGUCAUUGCAAAUGGCUUGAUGCAUCUAGGAACAACAACUGAUGAUUUUCUGAGAGACAAUUUGGAAUGGAUAAGCAAAGCAACUAACUGGAAUAAAUUCAAUGCUGUAGCUUCACUUGGACUUAUUCAUAAGGGACAUGAAGCGAAUGCCUUGAAGUUGCUAGAUCCAUAUUUGCCAAAGGGCGAAGCUGAUCAGUUUGGAUUUAAGGAGGGUGGCUCUUUAUAUGCUUACGGACUAAUUCACGCGAAUCAUGGUAGCGCUGAAGUAAUUGCUUAUCUUCGGGAUCAGUUAUUGAAAGCAACAACAUCAGCAGCGCGUCAUGGCGCCUGUCUAGGUCUUGGUUUAGCUGCAAUGGGAACUCAUGAUGAACAAGUAUUCGUACAAUUGCGUGAUUGUUUAUAUCAAGAUGAUGCAGUAACAGGUGAAGCCGCUGGUCUAGCAAUGGGUCUUGUAAUGGUUGGAGGAAUGCAAACAGAAGCGUAUCAGGAAAUGGUACAAUACGUGUGCGAUACACAACAUGAUAAAAUUCAGCGUGGUUUGCGUACAGGCAUCGCUCUGCUUGCUUAUGGGCAACAAGAAGAAGCAGAAAAACUGAUAGCCCCUUUGUUGGAGCAUAAAUCAAACGCAGUAUUACGUUCAACUGCAGUUUGCAUGCUUGCGAUGGCAUACGCGGGAUCAGGUAAAGCAGAUGUGGUUCGACGGCUAUUGGCCAAAGUUGCCGCUGAUCCAAAUCAAGAUGUGAAACGUUUUGCUGUCAUCGCCAUCGGUUUCGUUCUUAGCAAGUUAGUUUAUUUUUAA